AGGCUCCCCAUUCUUACCCAGCCCAGGCUGCAGCUUUUCUCAGAGAGCAUCAGCCAUGCAUUGCAGCAGCAGGGGCUGGAGGCAGUGGCUCUUUCUCCUCUGAAUGCCUCUUCCACUAGUGGCCCUAGUAUUGCCACCACCCCUGCCACCAGUCAACCUUUUGCUGAAAAUCAGUCCACCUAUAGAACAGUUAUCAAAUGGAAACAAAAACAAAGCAGUUCCUGUAGGUGUGGACACAUGGAAAUUGAAACAUUCAGCAGUUGUGACAGUGACCUAAAGAGCCAGAGGAUGGACUGUUGAAUCCGGAAGCAUUGGAGACCUGGUUAUACAGCCCGGCUGGUCCGCUCACUGCUUUAUUUAUCUAUUACUAGUUAUUUAAAUUGAACUUUUAAUAACCUGCCAGCUGCUCUUCAGACACACAUGGUGCAUUGUUGCCAUUCCCAGAAUCACGUCUUUGAAAUCCAGGCCCUUGGUAACCUUCAUCAAACAAAGAGGCGACCUAGAGGAUACAUCUCCAGCAGGACUGUUCAAACUUGCUGCCCCCUAGCUUUCUCAUUGCCUGUGCUAUUCUUCUAGCAUAUCAUGGAGCCCACAAUGGAGUAUUGUUUGGUUCAGGUUCUGCAAAAGGAUGUUGGAAAGAGACUUCAGGUUGGCCAAGAACUGAUAGACUAUUUCUCAGAUAAACAGAAAUCUGCUGAUCUUGAACAUGAUCAGACCAUGCUGGAUAAAAUGGUUGAUGGUCUUGCUACCUCCUGGGUAAAUUCCAGUAAUUAUAAGGUUGUCCUGCUGGGCCUGGACAUCUUAUCUGCACUGGUGUCACGCCUCCAAGAUAGGUUUAAAGCCCAAAUUGGCACAGUGUUGCCUAGUUUAAUUGACAGAUUGGGAGAUGCAAAAGACUCAGUAAGAGAACAGGAUCAGGCACUGCUGCUAAAAAUCAUGGAGCAAGCUGCUAGUCCUCAGUAUGUAUGGGACAGGAUUUUGGGAGGAUUCAAACACAAGAAUUUCCGGACAAGAGAAGGAAUUUGCCUCUGCCUUAUUGCAACGCUCAAUGCAUCUGGAGCUCAGAGUUUAACACUGAGCAAGAUUGUGCCACAUAUAUGUAAUUUACUUGGAGAUCCAAACAGCCAGGUUCGCGAUGCAGCAAUAAAUAGCUUAGUAGAAAUCUACAGACAUGUAGGUGAACGUGUAAGAGCCGAUCUCAGCAAAAAAGGAUUGCCACAGUCUCGGUUGAACAUUAUCUUUACAAAAUUUGACGAGGUUCAGAAAUCAGGAACCAUGAUCCAGGGAUCAGGUGAUAAAAAUUUUGAUGAUGACGACUCUGUGGAUGGGAACAGGCCUUCCUCAGCCAGCUCCUCAACGUCUUCAAAGGCACCUUCAUCUGCGCGAAAAGGUGGAGUGGGGACUACCCGGAGGGUUGGAACAGCAGCUCUAAUCUCAAAAACUCCAGCAACUAAAGAAGGGGCUGGAGCUGUUGAUGAAGAGGACUUCAUUAAAGCUUUUGAAGAUGUCCCAACAGUUCAGAUUUAUUCUAGCCGAGACCUUGAAGAAUCCAUAAACAAAAUCAGAGAAAUCCUGUCAGAUGAUAAACAUGAUUGGGAACAAAGAGUAGCAGCACUAAAAAAGAUCCGAUCUUUAUUAUUGGCUGGAGCUGCUGACUAUGAUACCUUUUUCCAACACUUGCGUCUGCUUGAUGGAGCAUUUAAGUUAUCUGCUAAAGAUUUGCGGUCCCAGGUAGUGAGAGAGGCUUGCAUCACAUUGGGGCAUUUGUCGUCGGUCCUGGGUAACAAGUUUGACCAUGGGGCAGAAGCCAUCAUGCCAACCAUUUUUAAUCUCAUUCCCAACAGUGCCAAAGUCAUGGCCACCUCUGGUGUAGUAGCUGUUAGAUUAAUUAUUCGACAUACGCACAUCCCUCGACUAAUUCCCAUAAUCACCAGUAACUGUACCUCCAAAUCUGUUGCUGUUAGAAGGCGCUGUUUUGAAUUUUUAGAUUUACUUUUACAAGAAUGGCAAACACACUCCUUAGAAAGGCACAUAUCAGUAGUGGCUGAAACAAUAAAGAAGGGAAUCCAUGACGCUGACUCUGAGGCACGGAUAAAAGCCAGAAAAUGUUACUGGGGCUUCCACAGCCAUUUUAGUCGAGAAGCAGAACAUUUGUUUAAUUCAUUGGAAUCUUCAUACCAGAAGGCUCUACAGUCUGACUUGAAGAACUCUGAUAGCAUUGUGUCCUUGCCUCAAUCAGAUCGCUCCUCUUCCAGCUCCCAGGAGAGUCUCAAUCGUCCACUGUCUGCCAAAAGAAGUCCAACAGGAAGCACAACAUCACGAGCUUCUACAGUAAGUGCAAAAUCUGUGUCAACAUCUGGGUCUCUCCAGCGGUCUCGCAGUGACAUUGAUGUGAAUGCAGCAGCCAGUGCCAAAUCAAAAGUAACAUCUUCCGGAUCAGACAUCCCCUUCAGCUCUGCUGCAGCUCUGCCCCCCGGCUCAUAUGCAUCUCUAGAUGGUACUACCAAUAAAGCAGAGGGCCGGAUUCGCACAAGGAGGCAAAGCUCUGGAAGUGCCACUAGUAUCACCUCAACGCCUGCUGACACUCGCGGCCGAAGCCGGGCUAAAGUAGUUUCACAAUCCCAGCGAUCCAGAUCAGCUAACCCUGCUGGUGCUGGGAGUCGAUCCAGCUCCCCAGGGAAGUUGUUAGGAAGUGCAUACGGUGGACUGAGCAGUGGAUCGUCCAGAGGACACCCAGUGCCAUCAUCAGCUGACAAACGCAGCAAAGUCCCUCGAAGCCAAGGAUGCAGCCGAGAGACCAGCCCAAACAGGAUAGGUCUAGCACGGAGCAGCCGUAUCCCCCGACCCAGCGUGAGUCAGGGGUGCAGCCGCGAUACCAGCCGUGAGAGCAGCCGAGAUACAAGCCCUGCUCGGGGCUUCCCUCCACUUGCCUCUCGACGUCAUUCCAGGUCCACUAGUGCUCUCUCCACUGCUGAUUCUGUUGGGCAGUCAGACCGGUUUGGGCUUGGACAGCCAGGCAGGUUGCCUGCCUCGAUGAAUGCAAUGCGAGUUCUCAGUACAAGCACAGAUCUGGAGGCUGCCGUGGCAGAUGCACUGCUUUUAGGAGACUCCAGGAGCAAGAAAAAACCAGUGAGACGAAGGUAUGAACCAUAUGGGAUGUAUUCUGAUGAUGAUGCAAACAGCGAUGCUUCAAGUGCUUGCUCAGAGCGUUCCUACGGUUCCCGCAAUGGAGGCAUCCCCCACUACUUACGGCAGACAGAGGAUGUGGCUGAGGUCUUAAAUCACUGUGCUAGUUCCAACUGGUCUGAAAGGAAAGAAGGGCUAAUAGGCCUUCAGAAUUUACUGAAGAGCCAACGGACACUGAGUCGAGUUGAGUUGAAAAGGCUGUGUGAGAUCUUCACGCGCAUGUUUGCAGACCCCCACAGCAAGAGAGUUUUCAGCAUGUUUCUUGAAACCCUGGUAGAUUUCAUCAUUAUUCACAAGGAUGAUUUGCAGGAUUGGCUCUUUGUCCUUCUGACCCAGUUACUCAAGAAGAUGGGUGCUGAUUUGCUGGGGUCAGUGCAGGCAAAAGUGCAGAAAGCUCUGGAUGUAACAAGGGAUUCUUUCCCCUUUGAUCAGCAGUUUAAUAUUUUGAUGAGAUUUAUUGUAGAUCAAACUCAAACACCAAACCUUAAGGUAAAAGUGGCAAUCCUGAAGUACAUUGAAUCCUUGGCCAGACAGAUGGACCCUACAGAUUUUGUAAACUCCAGUGAGGCAAAACUUGCAGUUUCUAGGAUUAUUACCUGGACAACAGAACCAAAGAGCUCAGAUGUGAGAAAGACCAUGCAUAGUUGGGUAGGUGAGGAUAUGCCAGCUAGAUCAACAACAGCCUCGUCAGGUCCUGGUGAAGGAAACUUGGAAGAGAAGUGUAAACAGGCAGCACAAAUUGUCCUGAUUUCUCUGUUUGAAUUAAACACUCCUGAGUUUACUAUGUUACUUGGUGCCUUGCCAAAAACAUUCCAGGAUGGUGCUACCAGGCUACUACACAACCACCUCAAGAACUCCAGUAACACUAGUGUGGGUUCCCCUAGCAAUACUGUUGGCCGAACUCCUUCACGUCAUCCUAGCAGCAGAACUAGCCCCUUAACUUCACCUACCAACUGUUCUCAUGGAGGCUUGUCUCCAAGUCGUUUCUGGGGUUGGAGUGCAGAUGGGCUCUCGAAGCACCCCCCUCCCCUUUUUCAGCCUAACUCCAUCCCCGCUGCUCCUCCUCACAAGACUUUCAGGCGUUCUUAUUCUCCCAGCAUGCUGGAUUACGACACAGAGAACCUAAAUUCUGAUGAAAUUUAUAGCUCUCUUCGUGGAGUCACAGAAGCAAUUGAAAAGUUUAGCUUCCGUAGUCAAGAGGAUCUAAAUGAACCAAUCAAACGUGAUGGAAAGAAGGACAGUGACAUUGUUUCUCGGGAUGGUGGAAUAGCAUCACCAGCAACUGAUAUGCGUGGAAGCAGUGAUGUUGUAGAAGGAGGAAGGAUGGCUUUAGACAAUAAAACUUCCCUACUUAACACUCAGCCCCCACGUGCCUUUUCAGGACCCCGAACUCGAGAGUAUAACCCCUACCCGUACUCAGAUACUAUCAGCUCCUAUGACAAAACUGCUCUCAAGGAGGCUGUGUUUGAUGACGAUAUUGAUCAGCUUCGGGAUGUGCCCAUUGAUCAUUCUGAUUUGGUGGCUGAUCUUUUAAAAGAAUUAUCCAAUCACAAUGAGCGGGUGGAAGAACGGAAAGGAGCCCUUCUUGAGCUGUUGAAGAUUACAAGGGAAGAUAACCUGGGAGUUUGGGAAGAACAUUUCAAGACCAUUUUGCUUUUAUUGCUUGAAACACUUGGAGACAAAGAUUAUUCAAUAAGAGCUCUGGCGUUAAGAGUGUUGCGAGAAAUCUUGAGGAACCAGCCUGCAAGAUUUAAGAAUUAUGCUGAACUCACUAUCAUGAAGACCCUGGAAGCACAUAAGGAUUCUCACAAAGAGGUUGUGAGAGCUGCUGAAGAAGCUGCUUCCACUCUGGCCAGCUCCAUCCACCCUGAACAAUGCAUCAAAGUGCUUUGCCCCAUCAUUCAAACAGCUGACUACCCAAUUAAUCUGGCUGCUAUUAAAAUGCAGACCAAAGUCAUUGAGAGAAUCUCAAAGGAAUCUUUGCAUCAACUCCUUCAAGAUAUCAUCCCUGGGCUGUUGCAGGGCUAUGACAACACAGAAAGCAGUGUCCGCAAAGCCAGUGUAUUCUGCCUUGUGGCAAUCUAUUCAGUUAUUGGUGAAGAACUGAAGCCUCACCUUGCACAGCUCACUGGGAGCAAGAUGAAACUCCUGAAUUUGUACAUAAAGAGGGCCCAGACCACCAACAGCAACAGCAGCUCAUCUUCAGACGUUUCCACACACAGUUAAUGGAAACCUUGGGACAUGCCUGUAGACAUAGAAGCAAUCAGCUGUGCCUCUCAGAGACCCUCCCCUCAUCAGCACACUCCAUCGCUGACGGAGGCCAUGCAGAAAUUUAUUGCAAUCAGUAUUUUAGUCCUUUUAAAGCUUUUUAUGGUAGGAUCUACUUGGUAUUGAAUGUAAAGGAAGCAAGGCCUGGGUUGCAGUCUUCAUUUUAAAAAAAGAGCAGUAGAAUGCUGUAGGUAAAAGACAUUGCACUCACCUGUAGUGUAGUCAUUUCUAAACUUGAAAAAGUUCCAAAGCUAUGUACAUCCAUGUUUUACAUCAAAGGAAUUUCUACACUGUUGACAGAGAAUGGGUUUAUAUUAGCCUACAACUGUCUUAGUCAAACUUUUGACUAUUUCCUUCACUUUCUGCAGUUUCUCAAACAUUUACAGCUGAGUUUAAAAUGUGAAAUAGUCUGGCUUUUUUUUAAAGAGAAAACAUGUACAGGUUAUAAAAUCUGGCUCCUCAACUAGGAGGUGCCGAUGCUGGUAUUUUCUUUUUUUUAAAUUUAAUAAUACCAUCAUCUGAGUAACACAGGUUAUGGAAAUUUCCCCAGAAACCCUCAUCAGAUUUGAAAUGGCACUGUUUAUAUAGGGCAAUACAUAAUUAGUUGAGAGUAGCUAAUUUAAGAACUGCUUCUGUAUAGCUCAUUCAAUUAUUUUUCCUCAUUGUAUUUCAGCAUUUUUUAAAAUAUUUUUGAAAAUUGCUUCCCCCAAAGGCUGUGCAAAAUACUAUAAUAUAUUCUCCAUUCUUGCUUUAGAGAUGGUUCUGCCCAUGUGGCGCAGCUUAGUCUCACGAUGCCUUUUAUUUUGAUUUUUUUAAUGGAACUCUUCUGUUACAGUCUUCACUGGGAAUUGUCAAUUCCUUCUAUAACUAACUUUAUCUAGCAUGAUGAAAUCUGUUAGUAUGCACUGAGAGUGAAUGCACUGUAUUGUCACUAAACUGGUCAAGCAUCAACACUGACAUUAUCAGAGGAACUGGUAACCUUCUCCUAAGAAAUAUAUGUGAAAUUUGCUCAUACUGCUGCUUCAACCCUCCAAAAGAAACAUGUAUUUUCCAAAGCUUGAUUGGCUUCCUGAGAACUGCAACUCAUAUAAUCAGGCCUUCCUUUCUUAAUAAAAUACUGCUUUUGUUUGUCAACAGAUGUUCCUCAGUGUGACACUUGUUCUGUUAAGACUCCCUCCCCUGUCAAAAGUUCCCCAUCCUUUGAGUACUCCCAAGAGUAUGUUGCCCCCUCCCAACCACCAUGCAAUCUGGCUUAUUUAUGAUCUUCUUUUGUGUCUAAUGUACAUAGCAAAUGAUUUCCCUUCUCUCUCAGCAUUUUAGACAGGACCCUGUUUGUUAGGUAGUACUCAAAGGGCUAGCUCAAGCUGCACCAGUUGCUUUCUUUGAAGCUGUACAAUCUGGGGAGGGUGUGGGUAGGCAUGUGUAAGUACUCUGGGAACAAGGACCCUUUGGCUACUAAUCGCAUACAUGCUGGUGGAGAUAAACCUGCAUAUUGUUGGUUCUUCACUGCCAGAUUGGGUAGAUCUCCAUCAGCACUGUCCAAAAGUCUGCAGCUGGCUUCCCACCCAUCCCCGCUGCCUCCUUAUGCAGGGCUUUAACUUUUCAUGAAAAUGAAAACAAAAUAUUUCUUUUCUUUGUAUUCUACUCCUACUCCUCCUUUAUCUUUUCCUGUCCCCUUCCCUCCCUAGCCUCUAUAUCUGAGAAUCCGCACAGAACAACCCUGCCUGCUGUCAGGUUGCCUUAGAUGGUGACAUCCAUGCUCUUAAUGGGACACCAGCAUUCCCAGGACAUACGCAAACAUACCAAUGCAACCCCUUUCACCAUCUGGAGUCCUGUAGGUCUCUGAUGUAGUGCUGAAUUAACUGAGGAAUGUGGCUGUCUUUUUAAAGGUACACUAUGUGUGCGUGCCUGGAUUAUAAUACAACACAAGACUUUUCUAUUGCUUCCUACUAGCAUCUCAAUAACCUGUAUAAGUAAUGUAACUUGCAACAUUGUCAUAUAAAUCUUCUUUCUACCACCCCUCCCAGCCCCUUGAUUUAUCAAGUGUAAUAGUUCAUAUUAAAGGACAACAGAGAAAUGUUUGUAGAAUGCAGCAGGACUUUGCUAACUGUAAUAAUAAUGUUUUAAAUGGGAAGGACAGGCUUAUCAAGCCUUUCAAAACAGUCAGCCAUCAGAAACAAGUUUGUUGGCACAGUGUUCAUGCGCAUGUAUUUAAUUUUUAUUUUUGGGUUGGUUAUUUUAUUUUGAUUUUUUUGCGCUUUUGUCAUGUUACAUCCAUAUCUGUAUUUAUAUCUUAUUUGUUUCACUUUUGAGUGUAUCAUGGCAAAUGUACAGAUGUUUUUAUGUUAACAUUUACAUGAUAGAAUUUGCUAAAAAAAUUAAAUAAAACCUUUUGCGUUUGCCCUAGAA